AUGAAUCCGCAAGACCGUUUGUCGCUGGUAAAAAAGGUAGGCGUGUGUACAGCAUGUCUAAAUUCAGGUCAUGAAGUUGCAGCCUGCAAGUCAAACUUCCGCUGCCUGGUUUGCGAGGCCAAUCACCACACAUCGUUACACGAUGCCUUUCGGGAAGAUCAACCAUCGUCAUCCAAGGCAAAUAUAAUUACACCGAGCACGAGUGCUGCUUAUACGGUCCGAUCUCAACGGGUGAUUUUGUUGGCAACCGCGCGGGUCCGCUUGGAGUCGACUGAGGGUCGCACUUUAGACGUCAGGGCUCUUUUAGAUCCAGGCUCUGAGUCGUCAUUUGUUAGCGAGAAGGUCGCGCAAUCGCUCCAGCUACAGCGGAAAAGUGUGAGGGUGUUACUCACCGGUUAUCAGGAAAAGAGCGUCGGGAUGGCCAAACACGAAGUCUCCGUCGAGCUUACGUCCUGCGCAGACAGCGACUUCCGCAUCACUCUUAACGCGUUGGUGACAAGGAAAGUCACCUCUCCAACUCCGUCUCAUCCAGUGGAGGACCAUCCAUGGAUUCACAUGCGGGGAUUGCCGCUGGCCGAUCCGGAGUUUAGAUUACCACGUAGAGUCGACGUACUUCUUGGAGCUGACGUUUGUGGGUACCUUUUCUUGGAAAAUAAGGUAGGCCCUCCUGGAACUCCGUCGCUGGUCCGCACGCCGUUUGGAUGGUCCCCUUUGGGGCCGGUUUCGACCUCCGACGAUCCAGCUUCAGGGGUGGCUCGGGUGCAACUCAUCCGAGGCCUGGAUGAUCUCCGAAACGACCUGCAAAGAUUUUGGGAGCUUGAGGAGGUCCCUUCGAAGUCUCCGUGGAGCCCUCAAGACACAGCUUGUGAGGAGUAUUUCAAGGAAACGCACUCACGUGAUGAACUAGGUCGUUACGUGGUGCGGCUCCCAUUUCUGAAGGCUACACCCGAAGACAUCGGAGUACCGCGACGUGCCGCUCUUCAACGGUUUCUGGCUGGCGAACGAAGAUGGGAGAAGGACUCCUUUUUGCAAACAUCUUAUGCGGGCUUCAUGGAGGAGUAUCGGAGACUGGGCCACAUGGAACCAGCCUCCAAGUAUGAUGUCGCUAACGCCAACUACCUGCCUCACCAUGCAGUCUGGAAAACCACCGGGUCAGGAAAUAAAAGAAUUCGAGUUGUCUUUGACGGAUCUUAUGUUUCAGGCAACAGACCUUCGCUGAACCAGGCUCUUGCGUCAGGACCACGUCUGCAGUCCGACCUUUGGCUGGUGAUCACUCGGUGGAGGUUCCCGAGAUGCGUAUUUUCUACGGACAUAGUAAAGAUGUUCCGUCAGAUAGCCGUCCAUCCUGACGAUCGAGAUUGGCAGCGCAUAUUGUGGAGAGACGAAGCUGGAAACGAAGUCCGCGACUUUCGUUUAACCACGGUCACCUACGGGACAACUUCAGCCCCUUACCUUGCUCUACGAGUUCUACAACAGCUGGCAGACGAUGAGGAACAACGAUUUCCUUUGGGCGCAGCCAUCUUGCGUCGAAAUUCCUACGUGGACGACCUGUUGGCUGGAGCCGACGAUCCUGCCAAGGCUGAGGAGUCUCGACAGCAGCUAAUCGGCAUCCUCAUGGCGGGCGGGUUCCCUCUUGAUAAGUGGACGCUGAACUACACGUCCCAAGGGGAACCUAGUGAAAGAGACCACAAAUUCCUGCAGGCGAGCAACGACGCGGAGACGCUAGGACUGACUUGGAAUGCGGUGGCAGACACGCUUACUGUUACCUCGGCCAAAUCGGACCAACCGUCAACCAUCCGAACUUGGACGAAACGACUCGUCCUUUCUUACACUGCUCGACUCUUCGAUCCGCUUGGAUGGGCCUCACCAGUACUCAUACGCGCCAAAACACUACUGCAAGAUCUUUGGUUGUCAGGAGCAGAUUGGGACGAACCGCUUUCAGUCCGCCUGGAGGAGUCGUGGCUUCAGUUUCGUCAAGAUCUGGAAGAGGUAAAGACUAUCUCAUUACCACGUUGGGUUAGUUACAGGGAUGCGAUGCACGAUCACAUCGAGCUGCAUGGCUUUUGCGACGCCUCCGAACGAGCAUACGCCGCUGCAGUCUAUGUACGCUUACCAAGUACCUCCACCAUGGCGAACGUGCAUCUCCUCAUCGCAAAAACGAAGCUCGCUCCAAUCAAACUCUGCAGUAUUCCGCGCUUGGAAUUAUGCGGAGCUCUGCUACUGGCUCGACUCAUGGUGGCGGUUCGGGACGGCAUACUUCCUCUACGAGCCACCUUAUAUGCGUGGACGGAUGCAUCGGUGCGGCGAUAA